AUGGCCCCCUAUGCUAUGGAAUAUAUCUUCUGUUGGUUGCUCGCCACUGCAGUCAUAGUGCAUGCAGAUGGUAUUCCUUGGACAAUGUUAUGGUCCGAUCAAACCUAUGGUCCAGAUGGCCCAUGGCACGCCGUGUCAGUUGAAUUGGGAUCCAAAAACCAGCCCAUUGAUCUCUACCCAGGCGACCGAUGGGCUAGUACCAUUCUUCUCGAUACCGUCUGCCCAAACAACUCAACUCCCUGUUAUGCAAGACGAGCUGGUCUCUUCGACAUAAACGCCUCAACAUCUGCGGUCACCUUGAACACGCCCACCGACCCGAGCCAGAUAACCUGGCUGUCCGAUCAGAGCAGUGCCGGCGUGAAUAAAUGGGGUGGUACCGGAUAUGUCAAAGAAGGGGUUCUCGCCGACACGAUCAGGCUGCAAAAUGGACAUACAAUACCAAAUGUUUCCAUGGCGUCUAUCUACGAUGCUUACCAAGAAUACCCGAAUGGAAAACAAUACCCUGUUUCUGUGGGGAUCUUGUCGCUGGGAGGUCCGAAGCCUAUCCACGUAGUGCAGGGGAACAAGUUCAAUUUGUUAUCUGCUUGGGAGCACUGGAACGAUUCUUCCUCUGAUCGUAUCCCCUCAUACUCAUGGGGGAUGCACAUUGGGUCUGUGGAACCUGACAUUCCAGGCUCACUGAUGCUUGGCGGGUAUGAUCAAAGCCGAGUGUUGGAUCAAGUAAGCUCUCAACAGGUUGAUGCGACGAACCAUCUCGGCAAGCUUAUGAUUUAUCUCGAAGACAUCGGGAUAGGAGUCGCCACGGGGGGGUCACCAUUUGGCUUUGAAAAUAAAUCCGGACUGUUCAAAUGGGGAGAUAGCAUCACCAGCAGGGCGAAAACAGUGGAGAUCGAUCCUACACUUCCCUACCUCUAUCUUCCUAAACAGGUCUGUGAUACAAUGGCAGCGGAGCUCCCGGUUACAUUUAACGAAGAUCUGGGUCUAUAUUUCUGGAACACACACGACGAAAGCUACGAGAAAAUAACAUCCUCCCCGGCAUAUAUGUCCUUCACAUUUGAGAAGGAUGCGACAAACACUCAAAAUAUCACCAUAAAAGUUCCUUUCCAACUUCUAAAGCUUACCCUUCAAGAGCCACUAGUAGAACACAACACAACUUACUUCCCAUGCUAUCCCUCCGACUCCUUCGUCCUCGGCAGAGCUUUCCUCCAAGCAGCCUUCAUUGGCACAGACUGGCAAGAGGGUAUCGGGGGCGGUUACUGGUUUUUGGCACAAGCACCUGGACCGGGGAUCGGAUCAGGUGUUCAGCAGAGCAUUGGGAUUAGUGAUACCUCAAUCCAGGCUUCAGCCAAUUCAUGGGAAGACAGCUGGGACGGGUAUUGGGUACCUCUUUCGUCGAAGUAG